CUAGUGCUGUGUCGUUAGUUCGUGGGUAACAUGGUGGGCAGUGUCCGGGGCUCCGACGUGGGCUCCCCGCGGAUGGAGCUGGACACGCUGCUGGUGGAGGAGCUGGGCCAGUUCGGCCGGUUCCAGCUCCGCACCUUCUUGCUGGCCGCUGUCCUGGUCAUGCUAGUAGCUUGGAGCAACCUGGAGUACAUAUUCACCACGGCCCGCAUCGGCACCAGAUGUCUGAUUUCGGAGUGUGAAGAUGAGCCCAUGGAAUUCGCUCCAUCCUGGUUGGUGAAUGCAGUACCACCGGGCCCCACUCAGGGGUCGUUCGACAACUGCGAGCGUUUCGGGAACACCUCCGCAUCACGGCGGCAGUUCGACAGGGAUAUCUGUCCCAGCCAACUGUUCGACCAGGACACGCGGCUACCCUGUGACACAUUCGUAUACGAGAAUACGGACUCCGUUGUAUUCGAUUACGGGCUGGCGUGUGACGAGUGGCGACGCUCGUUGAUCGGGACGGUGACCACGUUCGGCACGCUGACAGCGCUGCCCAUCACGGGCUACAUCUCGGACCGGUGGGGGCGGCGCGUGGCGCUCACCAUCAACGCCUUCAACACGGCCUGGCUGGGCCUCACCCGGUACUGGGCCGACACCUACCUCGGCUUCGUACUGUCACAGUUUGCUGAAGCUACUUUUGGCUGCGGCUUGUAUUCAAGUAUAUACAUUUUAUUGACGGAGUUGGUGGGCCCUGAUUACCGCGUCGCGGUGGGCGCAGCUCUAAAGACGUGCUUCGCACUGGGACAGGUGACACUCGGGCUGCUAGCGUGGGCGGUGCCCAACUGGAGAAACCUCACACUAGUCAUCUACACUCCUCAGCUCCUCACCAUCUUCUACUACUGGAUCAUUAGUGAGUCUGUGAGGUGGUACAUGAGCAAGGGUCGCUUUGAUAAGUCUGAAGCUUUGCUGAAAAAGGUGGCCAAAGUAAACCGAAGGCAGCUGUCUGACAAGUCAGUGGAAGCGUUGCGUCAUACUGCGGAGGAGAAGCUACGGAAUGACCUGAAGGUGGAAGGAAGUAGUGGCGAGCCCUGGCUCGUAGUGCAGGUGUUCCGGCACAAGCCGAUACUGGUGCGGUGCAUGGUGUCGCCGGUGUGGUGGGUCACCACCACCUUCAUAUACUACGGGCUGUCGCUGAACGCGGUCAACAUGUCCGGCAACAAGUACCUGAACUAUAUAGCAGUGGCCGCGGUCGAGAUCCCUGGCUUCUGGACUGCAUAUUAUCUGAUGGGAACUAUCGGAAGGAAGCCAGUGCUUACUGGUGCUUUCUGGUUGUGCUCUGUGUGUCAGCUGGUCUACAUUUUUUUACCACAAGGAAUGUAUGUAGCCUCCCUGCUCGUGUACUUGAUCGCUAAGUUCGCAAUCGCGAUGGUGGCGACCUCUGUGUACGUGUACACGGCGGAGCUGUACCCCACCAAGUACCGCCACAGCCUGUUCGCGUUCUCCUCCAUGAUCGGUCGGAUUGGCUCCAUGCUGGCACCUCUCACGCCUGCUUUUGGUGCGCAAUGGUUCGCAGAGCUGCCGUUUGUGAUGUUCGGUUCCCUGGCGCUGGUGUCUGGUGCUCUGAUCUUCCUCACGCCAGAGACCCUCGGCACCACACUCCCAGAUACCUUCGAACAGGCAGACAGACUCGGACAACUAGAUCAAGAAAAUAAAACUUAAUCUCAGCACUAUGAUAAAAUAUUUAUACAUU